AUGUUACGACUCUUCAAUCUUAUCGCUAUUGAACAAGGAGCCUAUCAAUGGUUCAAAUUUAAUGUCGCCACACUAAAUAGAUUAAGCAUCAACAGCACACAAAGCAAGAUAAGCACGAGUUUUUCCCGGACAGUCAAUAUGGAUCAAGCUAAAUAUCGUAAUUUAGAGGUUUACGAUCUAGUUUGCGUCGGGUUUGGGCCGGCAUCUCUUUCAAUCGCCAUUGCCCUAGAUGAUAGGCACAAAGAGCGAAAAUCUUCAGAUGCACAUGCAGUUCCACCGAAGGUCCUGUUUCUUGAGAAGAAGUUGGCUUUCGGCUGGCAUACUGGAAUGCUGUUGGAAGAUUCGAGGAUGCAAAUCUCCUUCAUAAAAGACCUGGUGACCUUGCGGAACCCCAAGAGCCCUUUUACCUUUAUGAAUUACCUGCACACUCAUAGCAGGCUAGCGGAUUUUGCCAACUUAAACACUUUUUCCCCAUUCCGGUCCGAAUUCGGGGAUUACCUAAGAUGGUGUGCUGCUCAUUUCAUCGACGAUGCAGCAUAUGGUCAGGAGGUUUUACAAGUCAUACCGGAGGAUGCUGAAGGAGAUAAUCCUGUGCGUCACUUUAUUGUCAAGAGCCGUAAUGUUGUUACUGGCCUUAUCACGUACCGGAAGACGAGACGCGUUGUUAUUGCAACAGGUGCACGACCACAUUUGCCGGAUCAUUAUCCAAAACACCAUCCGAGAGUAGUACACUCCUCCGAGUUCCUACAUCGGGUUCCCGGAAUACUUGAAGGAAUACAACGUCCCAGGAUAGCUGUAGUCGGAUCGGGCCAAAGCGCUGCUGAGAUUUUCGACUAUCUUCGUGGGAACUGUCCUGUCUCCACAGUCAACCUCUUGAUCCGAGGCCAACAUCUCAGACCCAGUGAUGAUUCUCCUUUCGUCAACGAAAUUUUCAAUGCGUCCAAAGUAGACGAAGUCUACCACCGAAGCCUUGGAGUUCGCUCUAGGACAAUACUAGAUGAUAAGAACACAAACUAUGGCGUUGUAAGAGUCAAACUUCUCGAGCGAAUCUACGAGUCGCUCUAUAGAGAACGCCUGGGUGGCAAUCCUGCAAAGAAACCAAUGCAUCAGAUCUUGAAUUUCCGGUCAGUUGUUGCUGUGAAUAAGGCAACUCCGGAUUCAGAAAGCCUAUGCCUUACUAUCCAAAUACUACCUGGCUCCUGCGAGUCCAAGCAGGAUCUAACAACAAUGGAAGUUGACUUGUUAAUUGCUGCAACUGGUUACAAGCAUGGCUAUCCAGAUGACAUCCUCGACGGAUGUGCCAGCCUUAUUUCGGAUGAAAAAGGGGGAUGGAGGGUGGACAGAGAUUACCGUCUAAUGUUUGACGAGGGAAAAGUUUCUCGGGGCGCUGGCAUAUGGUUGCAAGGUUGUAAUGAAGCAACUCAUGGAAACAGCAAAAAGGCCGACCUACUCGCUGUUGUAGCUUGA